AGGGCAGAUGAUCAGGGUGCGACCGCCUUUUCCCUCCCCCUUCUACCUUCCUCCCCAUCCCCUCCCCUUGUCCCUCACUCUUCUCCCUCCUUCCUCUCACCCACCCCCUGGCGUCCUCAGCCGACUCUCACUUCCGGUCAGCGGCCGCCUGCGGAAGGGUGUCCCGCGUCUUCCGCCUCUUCAGCGGAGGUGGAGGUGGGAGGCGGCGGCGGCAACUGCGCGUCUGUUGUCAGGAUUGGCAGGCGCGUACCCUAGGCGAUCCACCUGCGCGUCGCGGAGCUGCUCUCUGGGGGUCGAUGGCGAUGAACUGUAACCCUAAGGAUGAAGUGGACGGUGGGCCCCCGGGUGCUCCCGGGGUCACGGCUAAGAACCGGAGACCGGAUAACACGGCCUUCAAACAGCAACGGUUGCCCGCCUGGCAGCCCAUCCUUACAGCGGGCACGGUGCUACCUACGUUCUUCAUCAUCGGCCUCAUCUUCAUCCCCAUUGGAAUCGGCAUCUUCGUUACCUCCAACAACAUCCGCGAGAUCGAGAUUGAUUAUACCGGAACAGAGCCUUCCAGUCCCUGCAAUAAAUGUUUGUCUCCGGAUAUCACACCUUGUAUUUGUGCCAUUAACUUCACACUGGAACACCCAUUUGAGGGCAAUGUGUUUAUGUAUUAUGGACUGUCUAAUUUCUACCAAAACCAUCGUCGUUAUGUGAAAUCUCGAGAUGAUAGUCAACUAAAUGGAGAUUCUAGUGCUUUACUUAAUCCCAGUAAGGAAUGUGAGCCUUACCGAAGAAAUGAAGACAAACCAAUUGCUCCUUGUGGAGCUAUUGCCAACAGCAUGUUUAAUGAUACAUUAGAAUUGUUUCUGGUUGGCAAUGAAUCUGAACCUAAGCCUGUUCUUUUGAAAAAGAAAGGUAUUGCUUGGUGGACAGAUAAAAAUGUGAAAUUCAGAAAUCCUCCUGGAAGAGAAAGCCUAGAAGAACGAUUUAAAGGUACAACAAAGCCAGUAAACUGGCUUAAGCCAGUAUACAUGCUGGAUUCUGACUCAGAUAAUAAUGGGUUUAUAAAUGAGGAUUUUAUUGUUUGGAUGCGUACUGCAGCGUUACCUACUUUUCGUAAGUUAUAUCGUCUUAUAGAACGGGAUAGUGAUUUACAUCCAACUUUACCAGCUGGACGAUACUAUUUGAAUAUCACAUACAAUUACCCUGUACAUUCUUUUGAUGGACGAAAACGGAUGAUCUUGAGCACUAUUUCAUGGAUGGGAGGAAAAAAUCCGUUUUUGGGGAUUGCUUACAUCACUGUUGGAUCCAUCUCUUUCCUUAUGGGAGUUGUACUACUAGUAAUUAAUCAUAAAUAUAGAAACAGUAGUAAUACUGCUGACAUUACCAUUUAAUUUUAUAUUCUGAAAACGAAUCUUCUGCAUGUGCAUCAAGGCCAGUCCUAUUCAACCUAGCUUUUGAAUGCUAAUGUCUGGUUAGUAUGUCAUUUUUGAAGUUGGCAUGUAACACUUUUUUUUUAAAACAAUCUUUGUCCUUUGCUUCUUCCUAUGGAUGACUUAUGAAAAUACAUGACAGGUAUAAAACAAAUUAGCUAUAUUGAUCAUAUCAACAUUGUAACUGCUGAAAUGGCAUUCUAAUGUUUGCUUUUAUUGGGAUAGGCCACAUGAUGCAUAGAACCUCUUUUCAUGUGAAAUGCAUCCACUGCUUAAAUGUUUAUGCUGUGUUGAUAUUAUAUUGAUGCUGUAUAUGUUUGCCUAUUGUGUGAAGAAAGGGAUUGCAAGAUGUAUGAGUAAAAUGACUUUCUAACCUUUCAGGUUUCAGAGUUACAGAAAGAUGAAGAAUGACCAAAUUUAAAUAAAACACUUCAUCAUUUUCAUGUGUCACGUAUAAAGGCUUAAAGUACCAUCUUUGUAGAGGUGGUUCAUAUAUUCAGUUUAUACAGUAUAGUUCUUUGUCAAGCUUAGCUUUGAUUUCAAAGGACUUGUUUACCAUGUCUGGCAUAGGAAUUAAUGGGUCAUGUCUGAGAGGUCAGGUAGAGGUCCCAGGUAGGAGAAUUUAAAAUUUCUCUUUCCUUUUGGUUAAGUUGUUGCAGUCAGGAAUCCCGACUUACGUGAAAUGUUUUUACAUGUGAUCAUUUCCCUUGAAGCUUGUACUUUUUAAGGGAAGAAAGAAUAUAGGUGAGAUGGGAAAACUGCUUGGCAGACCUUCAUCUUCUGCCUCAACUGUAAACCAGAUGUAAAUACUCAGAGGAGAUAGUUUUCAUUCUUGUGGUAUUUAACAUUCAGAAAUUUGCUUCAACAUUGGAAAUACCUCAAGCUAUUUUAAUUUUUCAGGUAAGUGUUUGGACUUAAGUACUAAUACUAUAUUCCAGAAAUUACUGAAAAUGGCAACCUUAAUUUCCUCUAUAUUUCAUUCAAUUUUUGCAUAUAGGUCAAAUAUGGAAUGUAUGCACAUUCUCUUUAGUUAGGGUACCAAUUGGCUGGUUGGUUUUCCUAAGAUGUAUUUUAAAAAGAAAUUCUUUUAAUAUUCCUAGUUAAAUUCUGUGUAUUUUGGAGUAUAUACUUGAUAAAUUAUAAUAUAUGUAGUCAAAGUUAUUUUAUUUUAUACUAAUGAAUUAUUUUAAUAUUCUUUAUUGAGUAAAUGUUGUAAUUUGUUUGCUAUGGAACUUACUCUUGAAGUGAAUGUAAACUUAUUUCAUAUGCAUGAAAAUGUAUUCUUAAUCAGAAGUGUCUUAAUUGCAUUGAAAUUGCAUUUUUUAAAACUAAACUCAUGUUCAUGUAGAAGAAUGCCUUUUUUUCAGAGUUUGUAGUUUUUUCUUUCAGUUGUACUUUAAAUCAAAAAGUCUGGGUAAUGUAGCAGUUCUGAUUAAUAUAUGUUGUUUUUUUUUAAUGUAAUGGUUGAUAGUAAAAAUGUGCCACACUUCUUAAAUUUAUAUAAAAAUAGAAAAUUCAGUUAAAAUAACUUGUAUUUCAUAAUAUUCUAACUGGUCAGAAUAGUACUUGCAUGAGGCCCUUGAGGUAUGAUUAUCCAGAAACUUCUGAGUACAUAGGGUAUUCUUUGUCUAAAAAUAUUCAUUAUUUUGUCAGUCUUUCAGAAUAUUGAUAUUUAUUCAGAAAAUUGUCCCUCCUGCACAUGGCGAUUUAUUUUCUGGAACACAUCAUUGGGGGAAGAGGGCUCUUCUGUCAGUCUUUCCAGAUUGAGUCUGUUUGUUUAAGAAGGACUCCAUCCUGCAUCUCUUUCUCUAAUUCGAGGACCAAAGGUGCUGCUAAAGAAAAUUGAAGAGUCCUUCCAACACUUUGUCAUCUAUGGUGAAGAUGGAAUCUUAAAAUGUGUUUGGAGUUUUAUCUGUUUUACAAGUACAUUGACAGCCUAAACUCCUCCCUGUCUGCUGCCAUUUGAGCUCUAAGGGAUUCCUGUGAAGAAUAUGAACAUGCGUAUGACCUCUGUGAAGCAUGGCAGGGAGGGGGCAGGGGACUAUGGACAAACAUUUCUUUCUUAGAGGUUUUGUGCUAAUCUUUUGGAGACACUGAUGGCAUAUUCAACUUUCAAAAAAUCAUACUGCAUUUUAAGGCAGUUAGUUUAAGUGGAAGGCAUUAACAAUGCAUUAAUUUGGGGGAAGUUUUUGACAUAUGAAAAGAUUCCAAAUUAAAGGAAUUAUGCAGUAAGUAAAAGCUAAGAAACUUCAUUGAAAUCAUAAGGCAGUCUAAAAAUAAAUUGGUAGAAAUAACUGUACUACCUAACAGAGAAUCAUUCAACCAAGAGGAAUAUUAUUUGUUUAUUAGUUAGUGGCAGUGUUUAUUUGUAAUCUUGAUUAUAUUAAAAGAUAAAUAUAUAUAUACACAUUCUGUAAGUAUGGUCUGUAUUAAUAAAUAUGAUGAAAAUUAA